AUGUUUGAGAUGACCACUGAAGUGAGUAAAACCACACCUUUUGAAGCAAGAAAUGAUGAAAACAUUUACAGCACCACUUCGACAAAACAACACCCAAUUGUGAGCCAUGAACUCAAGAAAUGCUUCACUAGAAAUAUCCCAAACCUUCGGGAACUGAGAGUGAUAGUAACCAAACUUGAUGCUGCAAGCAUGAUGGUGGCCCCAUUGCCUGGAAGAGGUGGCUAUUCUGUUCAGCCUCCUUCUGCAACAAUAAACCCUUUGAACAAAACCCUUGUUCCUGGGGUGGGAAACUGCCCAGCCAGGAAGUCCAAAAGAAGUGCUGAUGCAUUGACUUGCUGUCUUGGUUGUAUGGCUGGAGAUCCAUGCAAGAGAACCAAAUCUGGAACACAAGGUGGACGAAAGUGUGGCAGGCCGAAGAAUGUUGGAUUAAAGAGGAAGUAUGUCAGGAGAUCAACAACAGCAGCAAAACGUCAGUCAGGUAAGAAAAUAUGAAAGAAAUGUGAGGGCAGUUUCUAGUUGAUUUAAGGUACAAAUGCUAAUUUGGCCUGAACAGAACCUAUUAUGGCUAGAACAGUGACAUACACAGAGGUGAAUUUGAAACAAAUACGGUAAAUAUAGACUGAAAUAGCUGCUCCCUCUCAAGGCUGAAUCAUUCAAUUGAAGUGGUUUAGAAUAAACCUCUUCAAAACUGAAUAGUAUACUUCCCUGUCUAUGGUGAUUCUACUAACUUUAGCCACCCAUCCCAGCACAGUUGUUUUACUUGUACGUGAGAAAACCUGAAGAAAUUUGUGUGGUGAAGAGAGAGUUCAGUCAAGUUGAGUAAGACUUAUCAUGUCACAACCGUGAAUAAAAAAUAAUCCUCAGUCCCCAACAGGGAUGUUAGGCGAGAUCCAUUAAACCACAAAUAUUGGACAAAAUCCUGUCAACGUUGGGCCGGACUUCCUUUUUUUCUUGGCUAUGGACCAUAUUUGCUCCCUUGGUUAGCUCAGUCGAACCAAUAGACUAAUUUCUAUAUAUUAAAAUUCAUACUUGGCUCCGAGGCCUGGGGGAAUAACACAAAAGAAAUGCAUUAUUUAUUGCUGAGCCUCAGGGUGAUUUCUUUUGUUUUAUUCCCUCAAGCCUCGCAGCCAAGUAGGAAUUUUCAAUGUAUAAAAAUUGGUCUAUUUGUUUAGUUUUGAACUGAAAUUUCCGGAAAUUUUAGCGCUGGAAUCGGGAAUGAUCAAAUCGAACGACACGAUCGGUUCAACCGAUUAAAACGGUCCAAUUUUAAAAGUUUGUUUUUUUCCCCGAAAAUGUUCUAUUUUUUCUUUGCAAAUAUUGACCUCAAAUGUUGUCAUUUCCAGAUGUCUGGUUUGGAAGCCGCAGUAAUCCAAGCAUGGUACAUCAGUACAGGUUUGAUCCACAGAGGCGUUUUGGUGAUGUGCCCUCUAGUCUCUCUGCUCCACUACCUGUGCAUCUUCCAGUAGGUAUGCAACUUGAACGAGUUUGUUCCAGUGGGGAAACUCUACCUGCAUCAUCUCCUGUUUGUAGUUCAACUGGGGAAGUUUCACCUUCUUUUUCUACAGCAUCAGGUGGAAAUUCAUCAACAGCAGCCAGUAUUAGUACAGGUUUUUUGGCUGCUGCAGCAUCCUCUGUCGUCACCAAUUCUAGAAUAGCUAAGUUCCGACGAUCUCAUUUUCCUGCAUUUUCUGCAAAUGCUGCCGUCAGCAACCCUGGAGUAGCAAGCAUAGAGCUUUCACAAUUUUCUUCAAACCCAGCAACCACCGUCGCCAAUCCUGGAGUAGCAAUCUCACAUCCUUCAACAUUUUCGUCAAACCCACCUGUUGCAGUAGGCAAUCCCGGAGUAUCAAGUGUUCAGCUUUUAAAUUCCACUCCAAUGACAAAUACUGCCUUCAGCAGUCCUGCGUUACCCAGCGUACAGCUAUCGCUCUUUCCAUCAAAAACAUCUGCGACCAUCAGCCAUCCUCAAGUAGCAAGCGCACAGUUUUCGCAUCCUGCUGCAAACACAACUACUGAAAUAAGCAAUCCUGGGGUAAAAAGGCUGCAGCAAUCUCUUUUUCCAUCUCUGCCACCACUUCCACUGCGGCAACCAUAUAUUACGGCUAUUCCUGUCUAUGCCGACUCCUGUCUCUUGCCAGUUAAUGUUCCUUAUGUUCAGGUAAGCAAUCCGGCUCUCAUCCCUCCAGUAACUAAUAUGGUACACCAGCCACCUUUGUACUCCGUGAUAGGGCAUCCCUCCCUGCCUCUUCAGAACAUUUGUCAACAACUUCCCUCUGUUGUCGUAGGAAGUGGAACUUUGAAUAACAACCUACUGACAUCGAGUGUGUCUUGUCUAAAUUCUGCUUCACUUCAGAUGCAAACACAGCAUGGGAGCUACAGUGUAAACACCAGUACUGCUGGUAGUAAUCUUGCGGAGGGCCAAGUUUCUCACGGUGCCAGUGUAGGGAGUCAAAAAGACAAUGUUACUGCCUGUAAUGACGCCAGUGUAGAAUAUACUGAAAGAAGCAGUAUUGGGAGUGCUGUUCUCCAAAAGGACUGUGUUGGCUCUAAUAGUACCAAUGGUGGUCAUCACAGGUACAAUAUUAGUGUUGGUACCAAUAGUGCCAGUAGUAGCACCAUCGGUACUCAGCCACAGUCUGACAGUGAAAAUUUGUUUUCAAUUUCUUCCCUGUUGCCUGAAAUGCCAAAUGAAUCAGCAUCCACAUUGCAAUGCUCGUUGCCGUUGGGAGGAAAAAAAACAGACCUCAAAACAGUUAUAAAUCUAGUAACUACGACGGACGUUGAUGAUUUUCGUUGGUUGACUAACGAUCCAGUCAAUUGUCGCAAUAGCUUCGAUAUUCCGAAACUAAAAAAAUUCAUUUGUCAUGAAGAAAUGCGCUUGAAGUGUAAAAAAGGGCAGAUGGUGAGGUCUUGUGAGAAACUACAGCAGUCCAUUGGCACUUUCCAGGAGAACAUCUCACGCGAUACUAAGAAAUAUGACAUGAUCAAGAAGAAAUUGCAUGCAGAUACUUCCCAAAAGAGGAGCGUGAAACAAGUAGAAACUGAAUUGCAGGAACUUUUGACAGAGACGAAGGUACUCCGCGAUGGCUUGGACGAACUUGAGACAAAGUGGUUUCGCAAAGAAGGAACACAAUUAAAACGCUUCUUGUAG